AUGGCGCUGGACACGUUCUUCAACAACAAGAUCGAGAGCAUGAAGCUCGAGAUCAUUCAAGGCCAAUCGGUUCUCCGGCGACUUGAAGCACAGCGAAACGAAUACAACAGCCGCGUGCGGCUACUACGGGAAGAGCUGGGUCUGCUCCAGCAGCCAGGGAGCUAUGUGGGCGAGGUGGUCAAGGUGAUGGGAACGAAGAAGGUGUUGGUCAAGGUGCAUCCCGAGGGCAAAUAUGUGGUCGACGUGGCGGAUGGCAUCGACAUCUCCAAACUCACAGCGGGCAAGCGCGUAACUCUUCUCUCCGAUUCCUACAAGCUCUCAUCACUCCUACCAUCAUCAGUCGACCCUCUUGUAUCUCUCAUGAUGGUGGAGAAGGUCCCCGACAGCACGUACGACAUGAUUGGUGGUCUGGACGAGCAGAUCAAACAGAUCAAGGAAGUCAUUGAGCUAGGCCUCAAGCACCCCGAACUCUUCGAAUCGCUCGGAAUCGCACAACCCAAGGGUGUAUUACUGUAUGGUCCUCCUGGUACCGGAAAGACGCUUCUAGCAAGAGCCGUGGCUCACCACACCGACUGCAAGUUCAUUCGCGUAUCGGGUUCCGAGCUCGUGCAAAAGUACAUUGGUGAGGGAUCACGUAUGGUGCGCGAGCUCUUCGUGAUGGCACGAGAGCACGCGCCCUCAAUCAUCUUCAUGGACGAAAUCGAUUCGAUCGGUUCCUCGCGUGUUGAGGGAUCAUCUGGCGGCGAUUCUGAGGUGCAGCGAACCAUGCUGGAACUCCUCAACCAGUUGGACGGCUUCGAGCCUACCAAGAACAUCAAGGUCAUCAUGGCCACCAACCGUCUCGAUAUCCUCGACCCCGCACUCCUCCGACCCGGCCGUAUCGACCGCAAGAUCGAAUUCCCUCCGCCAACGACCGAGGCCCGAGCUGACAUCCUCCGCAUUCACUCUCGCAGCAUGAACUUGACGAGAGGGAUCAACCUCAACAAGAUCGCGGAGAAGAUGAACGGCUGCUCCGGUGCAGAGCUCAAGGGUGUGUGCACGGAGGCUGGUAUGUUUGCAUUGAGGGAGCGAAGAGUACACGUCACGCAGGAGGACUUCGACCUGGCGACCGCAAAGGUGUUGAACAGGCACGACGACAAGGAGAUGAGUUUGAGCAAGCUGUGGAAGUAG